AUCAGUUAUCUGUGGUCAUGAAGUAAACAUUCAACAUGGAUGCUUUUCUACUAAUUUCAACUUUAUUUUAGGUCAAAGAAAUUUAAUAUAAUGUGUGAUUUAGGCUUCUAGAGUUAAUAUUAUUUUGUGACGAUGUCCUCCGAAAGGGUGGAAUGGGUGGAAAUAAUCGAACCCAAAACAAAGGAGCAUAUGUAUGCUAACCUAACAACAGGAGAAUGCGUCUGGGAUCCACCUGAGGGGGUCAAAGUGAAACGGACAGAUUCAUCACAAUGGUGGGAAUUAUUUGAUAUAAACACUCAUAGGUUCUACUAUUACAAUGCAUCAACACAGACAACUGUUUGGCAUAGGCCCACUGAUUGUGACAUUAUACCACUAGCUAAAUUACAAACAUUAAAGCAAAACACAGACCCUCAGAAGAGAAGAGAGACAUCCACACAGACUAACCAGGCUACACCUCAGGUUUCAUCAGCAAUUGACCCAGUGAGCAGUAAUGGCAAUAGCACAGUUGCAAGUGCUAGCAAGCUUUCUCCAAGCAAUGCUAAAGGUGCAACAGUAACUCAAACCAGUCCAGUACGCACACGAAAGUACUUUCAUCACAGGGAUAGAAAUAGUGGCGAGGGAAGGCGUGGUCGUCUUAGUGAGGAUGGCACCGCUGCGCUAUGUCGCCACACGGACUCUGGUAGAUCAUCCGAUAGCAGUAUCAGCAGCGCUCAGCAAAGGAGAAAACAUGAAUUAAAUGCUGCCCCUUGCAAUCCACCAGUAUGUACCCCGCAAGUGAGGAAAAGGAGCAGUGCGGCGCAAGCGCACGAAGGCGAAAAAUGGUCGCCACAUUCAGGCUUGAACCGCAGCGGAAGUUUUAUUUCGCCGCGGAAGGAUGCCUCCGACGACUCUAUGCACGAAAAGUACUUCAAAUCGGUCGAGAGCACUCCCCUCACGAGGCGCAAGCAAUCUGCGGGUGGUUCUUCAUGCGAGUCCGCGUCUCCGCAGAGUCCAAGCAGUCCAUUGCAGAAGCCGCAGCCUACACCGUUCCUUCAGACAAGUGCAGCCCGUCCGUCGUUAGUGUCGUCCAUUUCGUUGGCUACGGACGCGGCCGGCGGCGGGUCCAGGGUGAUGCACAGCUUAGAGAGGCCUCACCAGCUCACCAGGCACUCGAGGGAACGGUUCUCUGAUCGGCAUUUAGACAAGGAUCGACUAGCGGAAUUGGAACGCAUGGAUCGGUACCCGGAGAAACAAGCAGUGUACAGCGUAGACAAACCCUUUAGGCAAACAAGUCUGGACUUGAGGCACAACGCCGCAUCCAAUUGGCAUCCGCCGCGGGAAUUCACUAGGCGUCAGCAAGCGGAACCUGAACGGUAUACGUCGAGCAAGACUUCUCUUUCUUCGGGCAGUAGUAAACACCGUACUCCACCUCACGAACCUCACCAUAACUUCAUGAGACUUUCCUCUGCCAAUGAGCAGGACAGCAUCGCUGCAGUGAACUACAAGAUGAAAUGUGUGAACCUGGAGCCACCAUUAACUGAACCUAAUGUACAAAAACAUAAUCAACGACUAGAGAGAACUUCCACCCCUAGGGACCGGACUAAAUCAAGACGGCACAAAAGGCCAGUAGAAGACGACCCGCCCAUGGACGGGGAAGAGGACGAAGAAGAGGGGGGCGGAUCACCCCUCUACUGCAAUUGGGAUUUACGCGGCAUGCAGCACUUACUGCCUCUGCAGGACUACAUCAUACAACAGGCGAAGCUGUCCAGUCGGGGUCGAUACACCGGCGACUCUGGCUCGGACGGUGAAUCCGGCUCGUCCCGUUCGCGAUCCGGCUCGGAAUCCCGCUCCUUGUCCGGUCACGAGCCGGACAACGAGUCGUCGGACGGCGGCGCGCGAACGCCGGACGACGACGACGGAUCCGGAGUUUACUUGCCUCAUACUUACGCGCAUCGACCGCCCGACGUCGAGUAUAUGAACCAUGGCGUUUCAUAUUAUAAUACGUUCGUCGGCUUCGAUAGGGACCGACAACCUUCGCCCGGAAUACAUAGAACGUCAUCAUUGGGUGGUAGCGGGGGCGCGAGUGGUAGCGGGUCAGCGCCAGGGGCGGGCACUAGGGCAUCAGCAGGGGACAUGGGGACGAGCGCGGGGCCAGCGGGAGGGGACAGCGGCGCACUGUACAGUCCUGUACGAUCACACGCGCACGCGCACUUCACGCGCCCCCAACCGCCCGAGCAAGACAUCGAGAUAUUCGCUAAGGACAACUUGAACUUCAAUAAAGGCAUAUUCAGGAGGAAGGCGUCCGUUCGCGAUAUGCUGUCGUGGACGUCGUCAUCUAUUAGCGCACCAAUGGUAGGGGCUGAUUGGGACAAGGCGCACAAGAAAGCUGCUAUAGACCUGUUCAGACUAGUACAAAUCUACAUGGGCGAUAGGAAAGCGCGACCCGGAAUGACGCUCAAUUCCGUAGCACAAGAUAUACUGCAUGCCACCUUUGCUAAUGAAAAGCUCCGCGACGAACUAUACGUGCAGCUAUGCAGGCAGACGACUGAGAAUCCUCACCGCGACUCAUUGCUCCGCGGCUGGGAGUUGCUGGCCGUUUGCCUCGCGUUCGUGCCUCCCUCGUCCGCUUUCCAACCUGCCCUCACUAACUACGUGAACAGACAUCGCGACCCGGCUUUUGCUGACGCUUUCCCGGAAGUUGGUAAAUGGCCGAUCCACGUGCAAGUGUCUCACUACGCGGGCGUCGCGUGCAAGCGGCUCGAGAGGAUCGGCUUCGGGGGCAAGAGACAACCGCGGAAACCUUCCACAGAAGACAUCGACCAGGCUAGGAUUCAAAUCUUCAGACAAUCCAUGUUCGGGAACACGCUAGCGGAGGUCAUGGCUUUGCAAAAGGACCGUUUCCCCAACAGACAAUUGCCCUGGGUACAAGUCGCACUAUCGCAACAGAUACUAACUUUAAACGGCAAGGAGACCGAAGGCAUCUUCAGGGUGUCAGCUGAUGUCGACGAGGUCAAUGCCCUCAAAGCCAAAAUUGACAGCUGGGAGCUGCCCGAUGCUUCCACUUUAACGGACGCGCACGCUCCAGCCAGUUUGCUGAAGCUGUGGUACCGCGAGCUGUACGAGCCCCUGAUCCCCGACUCGCUGUACGCGUCGUGCGUGGCGGCCGGUGGCGACGUGCAGGCGUGCACGCGUGCUUUGCAACGCCUGCCGCCGCUCAACAGGCUGGUACUCACUUAUUUGAUAAGCUUCCUGCAGCAAUUCACCGCACCGGAAGUGGUGAGUCAGACCAAAAUGGACUCUGCCAACUUAGCAAUGGUGUUCGCGCCCAACUGUCUCCGGUGCACCUCCCAGGACCCUCGCGUCAUACUCGAGAACGCUCGUAAAGAGAUGACUUUCCUCAAAACCUUAAUCUCAAACCUGGACACCUCGAACGUUCAUAAUCUGCUGUGACCGAAUCUCAGCUUCUGCAACAAUAAUAACUCGGGAACGCUGACUGAUUUCUAGGUAAGAAAAUUAAAAUAAAAAACAAUGCUUUUUAACUACCUACGACUUAAGUGUUCCCUAAUAGAGAGAAUUUUCUCCCUUUUACCUACACAAAAGGAGAUUUCGUCGUAUCGUCUCACACUUUCUCGGUUCUAGUCUAAUAUCCACUGUUUUCAAUGGAGGGUAGAUACAUAUUCACGAUACGACGAACGCUCCGCUCUCGACACAAAUUCGACAUUCUUGUAUAUUUUUUGUAUUUUUGUACGCUAUAUUAUUAUCAUAAUUUUUAAUUUGGUUGUAUCCAAAGAUAUUUAAAGAGAUGUGAUUUUUUUUAAGUAAAUAAAUAUUAUAUUAGACUUGAGCUUUACAAAAGUGUAUGUAAGUGCAAUGUGUUUCGGCGAUAUUUGUUGGACGAUUGUGUGUUUGUUAUUAUUAGAGAUCGGAUAAUCGGAUGCAUAUUUACCUAAAGUUGAGAUGUUGGCAAUUAUGGAAAGCACAUUUUUAUCGAGAAAAUCCCGCGAUUCCGGGAAAUUCAAAUUUAAGUGUAUACUCUGUGAGAUCUUAUAAACUCAGAUUGACAUAAAUGACAGUUGCCCUGUGUGUAUAACAUGAAAAUAUUGUGUAAGAUGUCUUUAAUGAAUAAAAAAAUUUAUACUCGUUUAUUGUUUCUUACUAACCACACCGCCAUUUCACUUACACACACACACACACACCCAUACAUAU